CUUUUUCUUUACUUGAAACUAGCGAACUACCAAGGAGCAGGUGGAUAUAGACGUAAAAAAAAAAAAGAAAAGAGAAAAAAAAGAAAAGGAAAUCUAUAAGGUUGAAAGAUCAUAUCAUUGUCUCUUCUAUUAUCAACACUCCGAGACUCUUUUUUGAUCGAGACUUCUUUUCCAGAGGCAAAUGUUUACAUUCAACGUCUCUGGUUCCAGCAGCCAUGGACGAUCUAGCCAAGGUUCUUCAUCAAAGGCAUCCAAUUAUGUUCCAUCAGCAUACAUUGCUAAAAAAUUGGCGCUAGAGGAGGAGGCCAGACGGAAAGGAGGUCAAGGGAGUGAUGGAGGAGAAGACUCAUCCCUUCAUCUCUCACUGAGCUUGACAAACGGGGGAAGAAGCCAUCAUUGGCCUACGCGUGACGAGGUAUUGGCGCCCGGAUACAGCUCCGGUCCAUUGGGGUACGAUCCUCCAUCAUCUCGGACAUUACAACAGCAACAGCUUUUGGAUGAGUCAAUUCGCUUGCAGGAAGAGGCAGCAGCUAUUCACAGGCCUGAUGCUAGCAAUACGAGCAUGGGGACGUCAAAGAUUCAGUCAGAUUUGCCAAGCUUGCGUACCACAGCCCCGGGAUCAACAUUGGCAGACAGCACCACUACUUCGGACCAGCCCUCCUUUGGACCCAAAAGCAUCUUGAGGAUUGAUCGCCCGGAGCUUAACAAGGAAGAUUUACAAAAACGGAACGCAUCUGUUCGAUUCUCGGCUGUUAUUCCUGAAGUAUCCACUCCUGGGCCACAAAGCCCUUCUAUUUUCAACCAGAACGGCGCCAGUCCUUUCUUCGGCAAUAGCAGCAAUAGUGGUAAUAGUGGUGCGGGCAGUGGCGGUAGUGGUGGGGCAGCUAGUCAUUUAUCAAGCAGCGGUAGCAUGGCUAGCCUACACUCUGUUUUAAAGGAGGAUGGUAAAGUUAAUGUAUUGACUCACAGAGGCGCAGCUGGAUCGUCUGGAUUGAAUAGUAGUCUUGGCCCCGCGUUGGGAUCUGUUUCUGGAACUGCACAAUCGUUCCAAGCCUAUACACCCAGGUCGAUGACAGGUGAACUGAGCUCACCCUCGAUGAGAGGCAAUACUAUUUCAGCAAGCGGCGCAACAUCGUCGUCUGCAACGGCCACAGGAGCAGGAGCAGGAACAGUAUCAGGUUCAUCUUUCUUUGUGAAUUUGGAUGGCAGUACAUCUCGUCAGGGUAAUAUGCUUGGAGUCAGCAAUACUUUUGGUAAAGCACCUAAGGAUGAGGAUGAAGAAGAAAAAGACAAAGAGCGCUACUUACCCGCUAUCUUACUCGGAACUGGAUCGGUAUUGAAGGGUUCUAAGAUUGAGCCAUUUAUGGAUGGAAACAACGGGAAGACGGAAUGGGAUAGUGAUCCAUUUCAUCAGCAAUCAGGACCAAGCAGAGAUACACGAUUAGCACCAAAUUUGAUUGGUGAGGAUGCUCCACCGGCCGAUACCUUAUACGACCUUGCACAGAAGGAGAAGUACUACUCUCAACCCACAGCAACACUAUCUCAUUUUUCUUCGCCUUAUCAAUAUAGCAGAUCUACUUCCGAUACUGGACUAUUAAAUGACUCUGCUGCUUCGACGAGUUUAUCAUCCGCAUCAUCUGCUACAGCCGAUCACAGCUAUGACGCUAUUAUCACAUAUGGCUUUCCACCGGAAGCUGCAUCUUACAUGUUGAAUCAAUUCCGAGCCUUUGGAACCAUUGUGCGCUAUGAAUCUGGAAUAUAUGGUCGCGUCUUAUCCGAAUCCUUCAACUGGCUCAAAAUACAAUAUGAAGGUACAUGGGCAGCCAGGAAUGCAACCAGUAGACAUCUAAGAGCAGUUGGAAAAUUUGUUGUAGGUGUACAUGCUUGCCGAUCCUUCUCAACUACGAGCCCUAGGUCAUCUCAGAGCAUGGCGAUGGACAUAACUACAGCACCGUCGAGCGAGUUAGAAAGUCGGGACAUUGCAAAAGAUUUAACGCCAGCAGAGGUUAGAGAGGUAGAGGCAGGGGUUGAUACGUUGCUGAAAAUACGUGCACAGGGAUUAGGCCCGGACCUACCAUUGCAAGGAAAAGCUGCACAGUUUGCAGCAGCGAAUACCAGAGCACGGCAUGCAAGUCUAUAUGAGUCUUGGAACCAGGGAUCAGCUGGAGCAGGAGCGAGCACAGCAUUAUUUCAAUCAAUAGAUAAUAUUACUGGUGGCUCAUCAUCUUCCACCGCUGGUGGGGCAAGGAACUCGUCAGUAGUGGCGGUCGAUCAAGAGGAUGAGGAUAUGCUCCAUGUGUUGGGACAUAGUUUAACCUCAAGUGGAACUCUCCUUCGGUCGAGUCGUCUUGGCCGAGAGCCAUCUGAACUUUUAAGAUCUACGAGGUCACAGGAUGGUUCAAAAUCUGAUAUGGAUGGGAUAAAGCGGAAUGGAAUGGUGGAUGGAGGGAUCCUGUCCGAGGGUCAGAUGGUCGAAAAUGAAUCCGUGGGAUUCCGCCCUUUAUUUGGCCGAUACGAAGCUCGAGGGCUUCACCCAAAUGGAUCUGGAUUUGGUCAGGAUGCACAACACUUUCAGCAGCAACAACAGCAACAGCAACAACGACUUCUUGAGCAGAGAGCUAAUCAUGAUGCAUGGCUCAGAUCAUCAAAUCAGCAUCGUCUGUCUUUGAGACGUCCUACAUUUGGCGAGUCUGCCUCUUCAGAUCCAACACUUUUUGCGUCAUCGGGUGGCAUGCUCCUAGACUCUAGUACUGGUACAAAUAGCGCAUCAUCGCCAUUCCAGGCUCAAAAAAAACAGCGAUUAUCGUCUAGUCUCUAUUCAUCAACCUUCUCUACUUCCUCGGCCCCUUCUUCCCCUUCACUGAGCAACCAUGCGCCAUUAAGCCAAUUUGGACGAGGACGGGAUAGAUCCUCAAUGUUGGUGGAUGAUCCAUCUCUGGUGAGCCAAAACGGCGAACCCUUGUUGAAAACAUCACAAAGCACUUCCUCAACACCGGCUUUAUCAACAGCAACCUCAGUCGUAGGUGGCUCUGCAACAGGAAGCUCGAUACGACCCACCACCGCUACUACUUCUACAGCUUCUACAGAAGCGUCUUCAUCAUCAUCUACGUCGACUAUGACGGCACCUGCACCAUCAGCAGCACCCGAAAGCAUGCUCUCAUCAGUUUUGAAUAUGACCAAGAAGCGGUUAUUCUGGGGCUAA